GAUACUGGUGAAUUCUUAGCAAGUUUCGUACCACUAUUUAUGGUUAUUGCGCGCAACAUGAGGUUUAUUAUUUUGGCAUGCCUUUUGGCGUUGAGCACAGCGAGACGAGUGGAGAUUCGUCCGCGCGUGGCCGAGCCCCAGGUGUACUACGAGGAUGAGGACGCCCAAGUGGAAGAGGAAUACUCCCCGAGUUCCGAGAUCUACCAGCCGAGAACCCGAGCCCUCCCCUCUCCCCGUUCCAAGGACACAUUGAACCCCUCCAAAGCCCCACCAGUCCAGACAAUCCGAAAUUACAACAAAGUCAACGACGACGGGUCAUUCACCUUUGGUUACGAGGCAGCGGACGGUUCCUUCAAGGAGGAGACCCGCGGAACGGACUGCGUGGUCCGGGGAAAAUACGGUUACGUCGAUCCCGACGGUAACAAAAGGGAAUUCACCUACGUCUCGGGGAACCCCUGCGAUCCAAACGCCCCUAAGGAGGAGGAAGACGACGACUUGCCAAGAAAAGCCGACGACGAUGACCUUCCUGGACCAGCGAACUACCCGUCUGUUCGCCCGCGUCCGGUCCAGAACUACCCGAGAACAACGACCCCGCGAGCCCCAACCACCAUCUUCCAGACGGAGUACGCCCUCCAGGACGACGACGCGAGCCAAGAGCUGGAAGAGGAGGAGCCGAAGGUCCUCAUCAGGCCGACGGCCUUCCGCAGCCGCCCCCGCCCGAAUUACCUCCAGGUGAACCCGAUCCAGGGUGAGUCUCUGUACUCCGUGACCCCAGCGGCAGCCACCACCCAGACUACAGCGGCCACCCCCUACCGCUCCACCCCAGCCCCUAGGUAUCAGAGUCUGGCGAGCCCGACCCCCACCCGCUACCAGCCAACUCCGGCCUACCAGGCCCUCGAGAGCAGCUCAACCCCUCGGUCAAUCCAUCGAGAACGACCCCAAUCAGUCGCCAUCACCCCACGACCCCACGUCCAGCAGGUGGCAGCCCAGUAUGUCUCGCCUAGCAGCACAGAACGCCCCGGGGUAGUUUACGCCACGCAAAGAAGCACCACAGCUGUUCCCCGUGUGUCCCCCAACGACAUCCACUUGAAUUUCGCUGCUGAACUUGAGCGCUACGUCAACACAGUGCCCGUUAAGAGUCGCCCGGCGCAGCCCAAGGGGCCGAUUUAUCAGUCCGAGUUGGUCUACGAUCCCAGUAGUGGUCAGUACAACACACAACUGUAUCAGAGUCUUCCACAGACAACUGGAGAUUUUCGUUUGAAUCAUAAGCUUCAACCUUACGUAGCACAAUCCUCCCAGUCGUUGUUGGGUCUUCAGCAGCUUCAGCCGAUUCAGCAGGCGUCCAGACCGGCACCGGCGCGGCCGACCCAACCGCAGGAGUCGAUUUAUCGGCAACAGCAGUCGGAGCAGUUGCUGCAGUCUCAGCAGCUGUAUGCUCAACAGCAGCGUCGCCAGCAGCAGCCGGCACUGCCACCGCAGCGGGAACAGCAGCACCAAUAUUAUUAUACUCUGGCUCCACAGACCAGAGGGGGCAGUCAGUCGCUCUCCGCUGGGCAAAUCGAUCAAUUCCUUCGUGGUAGCACUGCUGGAUUUUAAUUGAUUUCAUUGGAAUUUGUCGGUUGAGAUUUUACUGAUUCGUUUGAGGCAGGUGAUGGGUCGGGAGGGGGCACGGUUGACUCAAGUGAAUCGUUGAAACUAGAUCAUUUUGAUGUUCUGGGGUCGUUUGCCGUCAGAUGACUGCUGUUGGUCGUCGAUCGAUGGUCGAUCGCUGGUCAGCUGUUGAUCGCUUGUCAAUUGCUGGUCCUUUGUCAAUCGGUCGAUGGUUGAUGGCUGGCUGGUGAUCAGUCGAUCGAUCGUCAAUCAGUGGCCAAUACGCAAUUUUGGUCGGAUGAUGGUCGAUCGGUGGUCAAUACUCAAUGUUGGCGAUCAAUUUUGCUGGGCGAAAACAUCGGAAUCGCUGUACAAGUGCGAUGAAGAUGAAUUUAUGGUUCUAUAUGUGCAUGUAGCCUAUUCUUAUUUUGCCGCGAUACCGUAGGGUGAAAUCACUGAUUAAUUAAUUUAAUUUUUCGAGUGUUUUUAUUUUAAAACUUUUUUUGCGUUU